CGCUUCUGGGCUGGGUACAGUCAUUGCCUCAGAAAACCUCCAAACUCUUUCGUCACUUUCUCUCUCUCACUUUUCUCUCUCGCAUAACUUGGGCUACUUUAUUUCUGAAUAGGAAUAACUUCAAUACCAUCAACGAAUAGGCUAUCUGGUGACGUGAAUGCUAACAUAUUCAUGCUCAUUUUGGGAAGGUGUAUUACUGGAGUGACAACUUACCUACACGUGAAAGCUUCAAGAACAAAAAAGGAAAAGAGAUGCUGCCCCUCUCCAGUAUGCAGACUCGCGGAGCGCUGAGUUCCUUGAUGUGCGUGAUGAUUUGCGCGUUGCUGCACUCUGGACUGGCCUCACGGCUGAAGUCUCCCAUUCUGCCCAUCCAGUCGGAGAGGGAGCCUUUAACAUCCAAGGGCAUGUCAGGAUGUUCAUUCGGAGGAAGAUUUUAUUCGCUGGAGGACACUUGGCACCCUGACCUCGGGGAGCCGUUUGGGGUCAUGCACUGUGUCAAAUGUUACUGUGAGACACAAAGGGGUCGUAAGGGUAAGGUGUUGGGAAAGGUGAGCUGUAAGAACGUCAAGCGGGACUGUCCUGAGCCUAACUGUGAUGCCCCAGUGCUGCUACCUGGACAAUGCUGCAAGACCUGCCCCAAAGGCGAUGUGGACAGGAAGCAAGUGGAGGCAAUAUUUGAUGGCUUCGAGUACUUCCAGGAGAAGGAGAAAGAGGAUGACCUGCACAAGACCUACAAUGACCGCUCAUACCUCAGCUCUGAGGACAUUUCCCCUGGGGAGAGCCGUACUGACUUUGUAGCAGUGUUGACGGGAGUGACAGACUCCUGGUUACCCAGCUCCAGUGGUGUGGCCCGGGCACGCUUCUCUCUCACUAGAACCAGCCUGACCUUCUCCAUCACCUACCAGAGGAUCGGGAGACCAAGCAGGGUUGUCUUCCUUGAUUCUGAUGGAAACACUGCGCUUGAGUACAAGACCCCUAAGGGAGACUCAGACAUGAUCUGUGGAGUGUGGAAGAAUCUUCCCCAAUCCCACGUGCGACAGCUACAGGCAGAACAACUUCGGGUUACUAUGACAACAGCCACCGGUAGACGGGAGGUGAUCGAAGGAAAGAUCAUCAAACACAGAGCACUCACCGCAGAGACGUUCAGCUCCACUCUGACUUCAGAAGAGGAGCAUUCUGGGAUGGGAGGCAUCGCCAUGCUGACUCUGAGUGACACAGAGAAUAACCUUCACUUUGUUCUCAUACUGCAGGGACUGAUACAACAUAGAGAGAGAGACUCCCCCCUGGUGCCCAUCCAGGUACGACUGCAGUACCGCCAACACGUCCUGAGAGAGAUCCAUGCCAACGUCACCGCCUAUGACACAGACUUUGCUGAGGUGCUGACAGACCUGAACAGUCGGGAGCUCUUCUGGUUGUCAAGGGGCCAGCUGGUGAUCACCGUGGAAACUGAGGUCCAGGACCCCCGACACAUCUCCGGCUUCAUCACUGGCAGGAAGUCAUGUGACACCAUCCAGAGUGUCAUGUCCAGUGGGGAUGCAUUGACACCAGGGAAGACAGGCGGUGUGGGAUCAGCAUUCUUUCAUCUACAUGACAACGGCACCCUGGACUACCAGGUCCAGCUAGUGGGGGUAUCCAGUGAGGUGAUGGGUUUGACCAUCGAGCUAAAGCCUCGGCGGCGCAGUAAGCGCUCCGUGCUGUAUGACCUAACUUCAGAGUUCGACAGGCCCAGCGGGCGGGCGGCUGGCAGCUGGAGUCGCGUAGAGGCUCGUCACAUCCAUAUGCUGCUGCAGAAUGAACUGUUCAUCAACGUGGCUACCGCACACAGCCAGGAGGGGGAGCUACGUGGACAGAUCAAAGGCCUGCUCUACAGCGGCCUGGAGGCACCCAGACACGAGAUUCCUGUCCCUCUGGCAGGCCAGUUUGUGGCUCCUCCAGUCCUGACCAGUGCUGGGGGCCAUGCCUGGGUGUCUGUGGACGAGCGCUGUCACCUCCAUUAUGAGAUCGUGGUGGCAGGCCUCAGCAAAGCUGAUGACCUCACAGUCAACGCCCACCUCCACGGAUUGGCUGAAAUCGGAGAACUUGACGAACACAGCACCAAUCACAAGAGACUGCUGACAGGGUUCUACGGUUCUCAGGCCCAGGGUGUGUUGAAGGACAUCAGUGUCGAGUUGUUGCGUCACCUGGACAGAGGGACAGCCUUCAUCCAGGUCAGCACCAAGGUCAACAUCAGAGGAGAGAUACGCGGACGGGUUCAUGUGCCUAAUAACUGUGAGUUUCGGACAAAGGGUGAAGUGGAGUUGGCGGAGUUUGAUGACCUGUUUGUGCGUGAUCCUGAGGAACUAAAGAAAGAUCCCCACACCUGUUUCUUCGAGACUCAACACCACGCACACGGCUCACUCUGGACCCCCAACUACAACCACUGUUUCACCUGCAGCUGUCAGAAGCGCACAGUGAUCUGUGACCCGGUCAUCUGUCCAGUCCUCUCCUGCUCUCGCACCAUCCAGCCUGACGACAAGUGCUGCCCCAUGUGUGUUGAGAGGAAAAACCCCAAGGAAAUGAAGACUCCAGAGAGGCUAGACGAGCAUCCAGAAGGUUGUUACUUUGAGGGGGACCAGAAGAUGCAUGCUCCUGGGUCUACCUGGCAUCCAUUUGUCCCUCCGUUUGGCUACAUCAAGUGUGCCCUCUGCACCUGCAAGGGAGCCACAGGCGAGGUGCACUGUGAGAAGGUGACGUGUCCAGCCCUGACCUGCAGUCGUCCGGUACGCCGUAGCCCCUCAGACUGCUGUAAGGAAUGUCCGGAGGAAGACAACCCCCCCCUGGAGCACGCUGACAUGAUGCAGGCAGACGGGACGAGUCACUGCAAGUUCGGGAAGAACUUCUACCAGAACAGUGACAACUGGCACCCCCGUGUGCCCCUGAUGGGAGAGAUGAAGUGCAUCACCUGUUGGUGUGACCAUGGUGUGACUAAGUGUCAGAGGAAACAGUGUCCAGUCCUGACCUGUAGUAACAUCACCCGCCAGGAGGGCAUGUGCUGUCCUGAGUGCCAAGAUUCCAAAGAGGAAGAGGAGGAGCUGAUGAAAGUUCCGGAAAAGAAGAACAGCUGGAGACACUGAGCUGAGACCCGCCUCUCCACCCGCAUACCCCCUUCUACC